CCUCAGUCCAGAUCCAGAUGCACGUAUCCUCUUGCCUAUUGUAUCGCCAUGUUAUCCUGCUGUCGUCUUGUUUCUCCUCUCCGGCGCGUGGACCCGCAACUCACGAUGUAUCACAUAACUCUAUCCUUCUGUAUGCUGCUUCCUCCUACAUCAAGCAUCAUCGUUCCCCAUUCUCUCCACGCCCUCUUGCAUUUCCAACGCCUCAGUCACACGACUCUCGAAUUUGACAACAUCGCAUGUCCGCCUAACACUAUUCCCCACCGGCGUCACAUGAUAGUCAACCCUCUUGAUUGCACCCUGGUUAUCCUUCAAUGCGUCAACACGUACCUUCAUCCCGCUAGACUAGGUAGGCCAGCCACUGCCUUACUCGGCCAGUCACACGCACGCGUCGUCUUGCGCAUCGUGUCCCCGUCUCAUCGAGCAUCCCUCAUCUGUUACACCAUUGUCUCUUCUCUCCGGCGUGCCGAGAGGUAUAUCGCCCCUUUGUGUGCUGCUUUACGCCCCUUGAGCGCAAAUGCUAUCGCGAGUCCGCCUAACGUUGUUUCGGAAACCGUGCCAUUUGAGUAUCCGCGCUCUUACACUCAAGGCUCAAAAAAUGUGAUAAACAGCGUUCAACACCCUCAUCCGCGGCGGAAGAAAACCCUGGUUUAG